GAUGUAGGCCAUGAGUAUAGAGGAUGGAGGUAUGUCAUACCGGGGCCGUCCUAGGCAGGCCCGUUGGACCCUAAUGCUACUCCUAUCUACUGCCAUGUAUGGUGCCCAUGCUCCAUUGCUGGCACUGUGCCGUGUGGACGGCCGCAUGCCCUUUCGGCCCUCAUCAGCAGUAUUACUCACUGAGCUGACCAAGCUACUGCUGUGCGCUUUCUCCCUCCUACUGGGCUGGCAAGCGUGGCCCCAGGGAGCCCCACCCUGGCGCCAAGCUGCUCCUUUUGCAGUAUCAGCCCUCCUCUAUGGCGCUAACAACAACCUGGUGAUCUAUCUGCAGCGUUACAUGGACCCCAGCACCUACCAGGUGCUGAGCAAUCUCAAGAUCGGAAGCACGGCCCUAUUCUACUGCCUCUGCCUCCGGCAUCGCCUCUCAGCACGCCAGGGAUUAGCACUGCUGCUACUGAUGGCUGCAGGUGCCUGCUAUGCAGCAGGUGGCCUUCAGGACCCUGGGAACAACCUUCCUGGGCCCCCUCUGGCAGCAGUUGCCAGCCCCAUGCCCUUGCAUAUCACUCCACUGGGACUGCUGCUCCUCGUCCUGUACUGCCUCAUCUCAGGCCUGUCAUCUGUAUACACAGAGCUGCUCAUGAAGCGCCAGCGGCUGCCACUGGCUCUUCAGAACCUCUUCCUCUACACUUUUGGUGUGCUUCUGAAUCUUGGCCUGCAUGCAGGGGGUGGCCCAGGCCCAGGUCUCUUAGAGGGUUUCUCAGGAUGGGCAGCACUUGUGGUGCUGAGCCAGGCAGUAAAUGGGCUGCUCAUGUCAGCUGUCAUGAAGCACGGCAGCAGCAUCACACGCCUGUUUGUUGUGUCCUGCUCUCUGGUAGUCAACGCUGUGCUUUCAGCAGCCCUGCUCCGCCUGCAACUCACAGCCUCCUUUUUCCUGGCCACAUUACUCAUUGGCCUGGCUGUGCGCCUGUACUAUGGCAGGCAGUAGCCCCUGACCAUAGCCAUUUUUGCUUCUGACCUUGUAGAUUAGGGGCCAUGAACUGGGCUGCCUUUUGGCCUUCCCCCACCCCACCCCCACCCUCCACCAGGAUUUCCCCAGUAGCCUUGUAACAAGUGCCUUGUGAGAAAAUGUGGAAAAGUAAGAGUCAAGUUAGUCUUGGAGGUGGGUUAAGGGGUACCCCUAGGAGACAUGAAGAGUAAGUUUGGUUAAGUAAACAACCCCACUCUGUUCCUCCACAUUAACAAAUUUGGAGCAUCAGUCCUAGGCCUGAGAACCCCAUCCUGCAUGAAGAUAGUUGCUUAAGGGUGUGGACAUCUGUGGUCAUCUCGGCAGACCCACUUCCCCAGGCCUAGUACUUGCUGCUUGAGCCUAGCCUCUGUGCAUGAUUCCCACGUAAGGGAUACAUCCACUGUCUUGCAGGAAGGCUUAAGUGGCACAAAUCAUAGAACUAUCACUCAGGCCACUACCAAGCUCCCCAGCUCCAGCAGAGCCUGGAGAAGGUCUGAAGGCCCCUUCUGAGUGCCGCUCCCCACACAGCCUUUGUUCUGGAAUUUCUAGAGAGGGCUGGAACUUGACUCAUCUCAGGGAAUGUUACCCCUGGGCUCUAGCUUAAAUUUACACUCCUGACCCACCCCAAGGGCCCUCUUGAAUCCCUCUGCCACUUUUAAGGCUCUUAGGUGUUACCGUCUUUCCCAUUUGGGGUCCUGCCUCUCAUAGUAUUGUCCCAACAGCCUGGGGAAACUGCAUAGUGACCUGGGACCAGGUACAGGAAACUUGUAUAGCUCAAUCAAUGUUUAAAUGUGGAAGCAAUAAAGUCUUAAUAAAAAGUGUUCUAGGAUGUAGGGUGCUUCCUACAACCA